CAAAAUAGUUUUAACUCAAAAUCUCAAAGAGAGGAGUAGUCGGAGUAGUGUCGAGUGAAGGAGUUGCACUGGAUUAUUAUUCGUUUUAUAUAGAACGUAAGUGGCCUUAACCAUCAGUGGCUCGCCAUUCGAAUGGCCGGUGGAAUGUCCAACGAAGACAAACAUUCCACUGUAUUAACAAGGAUGCUCCUACACGACCACUGCCAAUAUCCUAGUUCCACUUCAACUCUCUGCCACGUUAUCUCCACUGGCUGUAAUACCGCUACUACUACGACUACUUGUGGACGAGUUUCUUCAUAAAAAACCUACUAGCCCAACCAGAGAACCUCAGGCCAAAACAUCCGAACUUCAAUUGAAAUGAACUGAAGUGUGAUGUUGUGAGCUUCAACCCAUAACAAUGGUAUUCAGUUUAAAGACAGUUUGUUUGUAUAGACUCCCUGUAAUCUGAAGGUGAUUCUCUCAGUGUUAGCACUAUGUUUGACACACCCAGGGACAAUGAUGCAGAUGAAAUCAAACCACGGAAGAUACCCAACCAAAGCAUCGUACACCGUGUCUUUAACCGGCAGAUUAACUUUGGUCGUCCAGGGGUCCAGUUCAAUCAGUCCCGUAUGUUCUACACCAAUGUCUUCCCCAAUUUCACCAUUGUCAAUGUGGAAAAACCCCCAUGUUUUCUGAGAAAAUUCUCUCCUGAUGGUCAUUAUUUCAUUGCUUUCUCUGCCACACAGACAUCUCUAGAAAUCUAUGAAUUCAAUGGUCCAGCAGCUGCUUCUGAUCUUUUGAGGCAUUUCAAUGGUGACCACACUCCGUCAGUUUACGACAAUCGGUUACAUUAUCUUCACAGCAAACUCUUUGAACGUUUCUUUACUCAAAAACAAGUGACUGUAGUGGCUACUAAUGGAGAACAUUUAAACCGAGAAUGUAGCCUGUUUACUGACGAUGGUAAGUAUGUAAUAGUCGGUUCAGCAAUCUUUGUUCCAGAAGACCCUUAUCCAUUUUUUUUCGAUGUCUACAGAAACAAUGAAUCUGUGCCACCGAAUCCUCGCUGUCCACUCGAGGACUAUUGCUUACACAUUGUGGAACUGGAGACUGGUCUUUUGUGUGAUACUCGCCAAUUUAAAUGUGAUAAAAUUUUCCUCUCGCACAACCAAGGACUCUAUUUGUAUAAGAAUACCCUUGCUGUACUCUCUGUCCAACACCAAACCAUUCAUAUCUUCCAGAUUACUAAAGAUGGCCAUUUUGUUGAUGUCCGUAGUAUAGGUCGGUUUUGUUUCGACGAUGAUGAAAGUAUACUUCAUCUAGGUUUAGAUUCAAAAACUCAGGUGCACCAAAUCCGGCCCAUGACGGAAACCACCAUCAACUCCCUCAAGCACCGUCUUCUAGUUUUCCUCUAUGAACGUGCCAAACGUAUGGACUCUAUAUAUGAAUUGCGUAAGUUUUAUCAAUAUUUUGAUCAGUUUAAAAGUUUACGAAUGUGGAAGAUGCAAUUAAUUGAUAGCGAACAUCUACUCAUUAAAUAUGCAAGUGAAGAGGUGGUCACUUUGCGCGUCUCGGACCCCAAUUCACAACCAUCAUUUUUUGUUGUCUAUAACAUGAUCACUACUGAAGUUUUAGCCGUCUAUGAAAAUACUUCUGAAAACCUCUUAGAACUUUUUGAAAAUUUCUGUGAUGUCUUUCGCAAUGCCAUGCUGCACAGUGAUAUGCAGUUCACGUGCUCGGCGUCAAGUAACAUCUAUGCUCGACAGAUGCAACAUCGGUUCAAACAGACUAUAAUCAAUGCUAAGUUUGGUGGACACACAGAAGCUGUGAAACGUCUUCUGGCUCAACUACCAAUCAGUGCUCAGUCGUUCAGCAGUAGUCCCUACCUCGACUUGGCUCUCUUUAGCUACGAUGAAAAAUGGGUUUCAAUGAUGGAAAGACCAAAGGCUUGUGGCGACCACCCCAUCAGGUUCUACGCCCGAGACUCUGGACUUCUGAAAUUCAAGAUCUAUGCUGGACUCCAAGGCCGCAACCCGCCACCCACUGCCCGCCGUCUGGUUGCUUUCACCUUUCAUCCUUAUGAGCCAUUUGCCAUUAGUAUCCAAAGAACAAAUGCUGAAUAUGUGGUCAAUUUUCACGUCCGGCAUAUAGCCUACGAAGCUGAUUAGGUUGCGACCCCUAUCAUGCCCCUCUGUCUCCCUCUAUCCUGUCACCGUCUUCCAUCUGUUACUCCCUCCUUGUCCUCCUCUUCUGCUCCUCACCAUUUUUCAUCCUUCUCUGUUUAAUGACAAUUUAUAUCUAGCUCUCUCCAUACAUGGUUUUAUACAAACACAUUUUGACAUUUUACUCAAUACACAUAUACACAUUGCAUUACAUGGACAUAACACAACAGAUACUUGUUAUAUUGAAAAUAAAUAGCAUACACUCAUAUUGUGUGUAUAUUAAAUGGUAUGCACUUUACAUGCAUAUUAUGUCAUGCACACAUAUUUAUAAUAUUGUAUAACUUAAUUUCAAAUAAUUCAUUAAAGGUCAGUAUGUAUCUUGCUAUGAGCUUUUCAAAUGUAGAAAAGCUCAUGGUGAGUGGAAUAUGUGGCCACUUGUAAUGAAUCAUUUUAACUUGAUGUGAUAUAUAAUAUUUUUCUCAACAUCUAACCUUGUUCUAAUACUUUAACUGAAACUAACUUUCAGUGCUAAACUACCCUUUCAUCUGUGUGUGUGUGUGUGUGUGUGUGUGUGAGUAUGCCUUCAAAUUUUUCCAUGUUCUCUCUCUUUCUCCAAACACUUAGGAUGUAUGUAUGUGUGUCACCAAAACCAUGUUCCUCUUCCCUCUCCUUCUUUCCUCCUCCAUUGGAAGCAGUAAAUUUAAUGCUUUUAUUAUUCCCUGUUAUUACCCACCCAUCCACACACAGAGUUUUCAUGUUCUUUUACAACUGCAGCUAAAACUUGAAAUAUCUUAACUCAGUAUUACAGUUUUGUAAUUCCAGUGUCCUAUUAGCUGACUCCUAUUCCAGCUCAUUUGGUUUUGUUUUUAUUUAGAUCAUAUAAAUGAUACUGGUUAAAAAUUAUUUGUAACUAUUUUUUUUUUUAUGUAAAAUCUUUUAUCAAAGUACAUUUGAGUAGACUAUACUAAUCUGAAGAGGAUUAAUAAGGCCAAUGUACCCAUAGUUGUCCCCCUUGACUGAGAAAACGAAGCAUUAGACUGUUUGUAUCUCAUUGGCACAUAACUAUCUCCCCUGCAGUUUCUGAGCUAAGAAUUGUUGCUAGAAUUUCUUUUAUCUGCUUUUUUCAUUUUUUAACUUUCCCAAAAACUUUUGGUCAGGAAUAUUUUGUAUCUCACCCUUUAACGUAUGUACCCAAAUUCAUACUUUUCAUUUGUUUGAGUUAUUUCUCUUAGCUCUUUCUUAUAUUCUUUUUACUAUGGCACAUAAACCAACAUUAGACCACUUGGCGAGAGUGUUAAUGUGAUGAAUGAUAAAUCUCUCUUUCUCUCCCUCUCUCUCUAUCUAUCUAUUUCCCCUGGGUUGGAUGCUAGUCCACUGCCAUUUUAACUUCUCACUGUGCAGACCAUUACCUAUGUUGUAGUUGGGUGAAAUAACUGAAUCAGCAAAUGUAUUGAUAUGCAACACACCACCUUCCAACCUUCUAACGAGCUGAGUAAUUAGCCAUUAUCUCAGCUCAUCAUAUAAAAGCUAUUAGUCAUACAACCUACCAAAAAUA